UUUUCCUUCUGUAGACCGAUACGCUGGAUGCCCGCCCUUUUUCAUCAUUCAGUAACCUAUACGUACAUUUGAUCAUUCUAAGCAUUGUGUUUUUCUGUGCUCAUGUACUAGCAGGAAAAAAAUAGAGACGUAGUUUUAUGGGGGCGUAUUGUUUAGAAACUUUUAUGCGACCAUGUUAUAGAAAGACGGAUACUUGUUUUCUUCUUAAUUUUUUUUUUCACGAUAAUGACACACACGAUCAAACUACAGUAGUUUUCUUCGAUAGAAAUUGUUACAUUUUAUUAUUUUGCAGAACUAAGUUUUUGUCCACUAUAAUAACGAUGCAUGCGAACAAAGUUUUGUCCGCAUAAGUCCGGUAUCUCCAAAAUAAAUUAUUAACAAAGAUGAGUAGUAGUAGCAAAAUAAGCUCGAGAAUCAUGAACCGUCUUAUAAAGAGCGAUCAGUAGUAUUUCCGAUGUCGUACCGCAAGGAACUAAUCCAGUGCUCGAAUGAUCGUCGAGUCGGGUGUCUUCCCAUUAUCAAUCAUCAAGUAUAAAGACGUGUGGAUCCUUUUUCGUUUCUGCAUCGACUUGGCGCAUCUGGGAACGAUGCCAACGACACGAGCGAUGGCUUCGCUUGUUCUGCUGAUUCUCGCCUCCUGCCUUCAUGGCUCGCUGGCGCAGAAGGGCCAGCAGGAGGACCCCUGCCAGACGAAGGCCCGCGUCGUGGGCGACUACGAGUACUGCGACCGCUACUGGGAGUGCGUCAACGGACGCCCCGAGCUCUUCGACUGCCCCAACGGUCUGGUCUUCGCCGGCAAGCAUCGCGGAGUGACCGAGGGCUGCGACUACCCCUGGCGCGCGAACUACUGCGAGGGCAAGCGCCAGGCUAACCCUCCGAUCUCCGCCGAGCACUGCGACUGGCUCUACGGCAUCUUCGGGCACGAGACCAGCUGCACGAGGUACUGGACCUGCUGGAACGGCACCGCCACUGAGCAGCUCUGCAUCGGCGGCCUGCUCUACAACGAGAGAGCCAGGUCCUGCGACUGGCCCGAGAACGUCGAGGGAUGCCAGAAGCACCCCCUCUGCAACGACGACGCCAACGGCAACGUGCCCCUGGGCAAGUCCUGCAACCGCUACUGGCAGUGCCAGGGCGGCUACCCCCGUCUGCAGCGCUGCCCAGCAAUGCUGGUCUUCGACCGUCGCUCUCUGCGCUGCGUCGUCCCGCCGACCGAGGACUGCGACGUCCCCACGACUCCGGCCAGCCUCGACGGCGACCUGCCCGACAAUCGCAACGAACAGGAGCCCGAGGAGGAGAACCUACCGCCCGGCGUAGCGCCUCUGCCUCACGGAGCCAUACCCAUACCCAUCAGGGGCCAGGGACGACCCAGGAAUUAAAAGCCUGUGACGAGUGCUGUGGGCUGCGACGCGACCGGAGAUCGUAUACCUUGUACCCCGACAUCACACGCGCACGGACGCACUGCUUACCGAUUUCUCAUCCGAUCCCUUUCCUAUACACUCGUAUGUUAACGAAUAUCCGACGAAAUUACGUAAAACGUCGCGUUGCGUAAAGCGGAGAGAUGGAAAAAAAAUUAACGCAACCGAGGCGUGAGAAAAAUCUCAUCUUCGUCGUCUAAAAGUCCUCCCGAAUCAGGCUCUGCGCUUUCUUUUUCUAAAUUUCUAUGCACACACACACACACACUUCUAUAACGCUUUACAUCACGCGAACGAAUCGGAACUUUAUACCUACUAUACGGAUUGCGCAACGUAGAGAAUAUACGCGUUAUACGCGCACGCGCUUCUGUCAUUUCUUUCACUUCGACUUCCUGAUCCGUUACUUCUAAUUCUACUUACUCCUUUUGCGGACGUGUGACGGUUACGAUCUGAUAUUAUAAACACACAUACACACACGAUUAUAUAUCGGAGCUGACGAUACGAUAUAUUAUCAUCAUGUGGACACGAACACACACGCACACACACACAUACACAGGAGCCAUCGACUACUUUGCGAUUUUUAACUGCGCGAGCGCGAUACACUUGCUCUUGCAAUGUUUCGUUAUUAUUAUUAUUUUAUUAUUAUUAUUAUUAUAUUAUUUGUAUUAUUAGAGUUUAUCGUGAACCUGAGAUCGAGGAUCCCCUAUUUUACGUAUAUGAUUUAUAUAUACUUGGUGUAACAACGAGAGCGUCGAAACUAUACACAAGCGGUACAAUUGAGUUAUGUCAUACGUCGAGACCAAAAGUCCUUCUAAAAAGUCCUUGUACUACUGUAAAGUUCGUCUGUCGAAAUGUAAAUACUAUAUUUUUUCUCUGUCCUCUUCUUCUUAUCCUAUAUACCUUGUAGAACGAAGAAAAGGCAAACAAACACACAAACACACGAUGAUUAAGGACGAUAAAACAAACAUUAUUGUACGUUAUAUUGUGCCGUAGAAUUUCUUUUCUUCUGAAAAUAAAGUGAAAUAAUGUAUUUUUUUUACAUAAAAAUAAGACACGUAA